AUGUCUCUGAUGAAAGCCGUUGACAUCCGAGGUGGCAAGGGUGAACGCGAUGCUCUCUACAUUAAUCCAAAUACCCCCAAGCCCACUCCUACCGAAGGUCAGGCGCUCGUUAAGAUCAAAGCAUUUGGCAUCAACCGUAUGGACAUUAUCCAGCGCCUCGGCCAAUAUCCUGUCCCUCCACAGGCGCCGAAAACACUCGGUGUCGAAUUUAGUGGCAUUAUCGAAGCAUUUGGCCCCGGCAAUCACGGUACCUUCAAAGAAGGGGACGAAGUGUUAGGGCUAGCUUACGGUGGAGCUUAUGCCGAAUAUAUUGCAGUCAGUUCCAAGAUGCUCAUCCACAAACCGCGUACUGUAAGCUGGGAACAGGCGGCAGCGAUUCCUGAAACCUGGAUCACAGCCACGCAGUCUCUACAUAAAGUACUUGGCUUUACUAGUGGCAAAUCUAUUCUCUGGCAUGCCGGCGCCUCCGGUGUGUCAAUUGCAGGCAUACAAUUGUCGCGAUUAGCUGGCGCAUCUGCAAUUUAUGCUACUGUAGGGACUGAUGAGAAAUGCGAGUUUGUGACAUCGCAGCUUGGAGCUACAGCCGCGUUCAAUUACAAGACUCAUGACUGGGUCUCCGAAAUAAAAGAGACUACCGGUGGAAAAGGAGUUGACUUUAUUAUUGACUUCGUCGGCGCAGACUAUUUCCAAAAGAAUCUUGACGUUACGGCUCGUGACUGCCGGAUUGUGCUGCUGUGGCUGCUUAGCGGCGGCAAAGUUCCGGAGGCAGAUAUCUCUCAGAUUCUUUUCAAGCGUAUCCGAAUUGAAGGAUCCACGUUGCGGAGUCGCGAUGAGGAAUACCAGGGCGAGCUGCGGGAUAAACUAGAAACCUAUAUGCCGGAGUUUGAGGCGAGUAGACUCAAGAUUAUUGUUGACAAAAUACUAUCCUGGGAAGAGAUUACAGAGGCACACAAAUACAUGGAAGAAAAUAAAAGUUCGGGUAAGAUCAUUUGUACUAUUCCUUAA